CUUCCCCUCCACCACCUUAUUCUUCACGUCACCAUCAACACAGCCAAUUCCUCUUUACUCUCUCUCACUCUGUGCCAAAACUACCAGAACAUCUACAUUAACUGAAUUGAUCUCACUAUCCUCAGACAACAAUACAAUGGCAACCCAAAUCACGCCGUCGAAGAAGACAGCGUCUUCCCUCGAGAACUUGAAGAUGAACGACUCUCCAGCUAAGAAGCUUGACUUCGCUGCUGUUGGAAAGGAGAACCUCCCAUUCGACACCCAAGCACCCGUCGAUGCCGUCGUCGAGACCAAGAAGCCAAUCGUGGCAGAGCCCGAUUUGAGCUUGAUCGCACCUACACUUAAACCAGAGGAAGCCGACGAGCCACUGCUUCAGUCAAACCCGAACAGAUUCGUCCUGUUCCCAAUCAAGUACCACGAGAUCUGGCAGAUGUACAAGAAGGCAGAAGCGUCUUUCUGGACGGCAGAGGAGAUUGAUCUCUCCAAGGACCUUCACGACUGGAACAACCGCCUCAAUGACGAUGAGCGUUACUUCAUUUCCCACGUUCUCGCUUUCUUCGCCGCGUCAGACGGAAUUGUCAACGAGAAUCUCCUCGAGCGCUUCAGCAGCGAGGUCCAAAUCCCAGAAGCCCGCUGCUUCUACGGUUUCCAAAUCAUGAUAGAGAACAUUCACGCCGAGACAUACUCCCUCCUCAUCGACACAUACAUCAAGGAACAAGCUCAACGCACAUACCUCUUCAAUGCCAUCGAGACCAUUCCUUGCAUUAAGAAGAAGGCCGACUGGGCAGUUAGGUGGAUCCAAGACAAGGAUUCCACCUUCGCUCAGCGCCUCGUUGCCUUCGCCCCGUUGAGGCGUGGCCUCAUGGCCGGCCUGACCUUCUCGAACGAGCUCAUCUCCCGUGACGAGGGUCUCCACACUGACUUCGCCUGCCUCCUCUUCUCCCACCUUAGACACCGCCCAAGCAAGCAGGCCGUCCAAGACGUCAUUACCGAGGCUGUCUCCAUCGAGCAAGAGUUCUUGACUGAGGCACUUCCCUGUGCGCUGCUCGGCAUGAACGCCAACUUGAUGAAGCAAUACAUUGAGUUCGUCGCCGACAGGCUGCUACUCUCCCUCGGUAACGAGAAGUACUACAAGGCGACCAACCCAUUCGACUUCAUGGAGAACAUCUCCCUGGCAGGAAAGACCAACUUCUUUGAGAAGCGUGUCGCCGACUACCAAAAGACUGGUGUCAUGGCAUCGACCACCAAGAAGCACGAGGAUACCGCUGCACAGAUCGAGUCGAAAGCAGAGAAUGGUGGAGACUUCAACUUCGAUGAAGACUUCUAG